GCCUGUUCAAUACACCGUAAUCUGCUGUGUGUACCCUCUUUGACACUUUUCACGAACACAUAUGUCGUUUUGAUAUUAGGAACCUCUGCAUCGUGUGAUUUGGAGUCAUUGUGACUACAUUGAACUGUACUUACACUAGUACUAAUCGGAGUGCUUCGGAGGUAUAAACGCCAGUUGCAACGGUCAAGCUCAAUUCGUCGUCAUCACCAUCAUCAUCACCACGACCAGCACCUCAAUCACAACCACAACAUAAUGUCGCUCUUCGGCGACGACGACGAUGCGGCGGGCUCGCGGCCGAAAGCAUCCCUCUUCGACGACGACAAUGCCCGUAAACCCACCAAACCUUCCACCUCUUCCAUGUUUGCAGACAGCUCCUCCUCCGCCGCCGCCGACACCAAUGACAACGACAACAAUUCACCCUGGGGGUUCACUCCCAAGAAGAGCGCCGGACGCGGAAACCUGGUCAAAACCCUCCUCGCCGAUGCCGACGUGCCGGACUUGUACAUCGACACCUUCGAUGGCGCCGCACAGGGCACUGGCCGUGUCGACGCGCAGCACUGCCGUCUCCUCCUCCGCGAAAGCCGCAUCAGCCCGGCUGACCAGAAUCAGAUCUUGAGCAUUGUUAGCGGCUCUUCAUCGACGGAGCUCGCGGCGCUAGAACGCGGCGAGUUCAACGUGCUGCUCGCGCUCAUCGGACUGGCACAGGAGGGUGAAGAGUUGGGAUUGGAUGCGGUAGACGAGCGCCGGAGACGCCUACCUGUACCGCAGUUGGCAUCAGUUGUACAGCAUUCUGGAUCGCGACCUGCUGCGGCAGCACCAGCACAGACGUCGAGUCCGGUGCAAACGCAGCGUGCCCAGCCGCAACCGCGCAAGGCAUCUUUCGGGGCGGGUUUCGGGGUGGAGAGCGAUCCUUGGGGUAGUCCGGCAUUGCACAAGAACCAUAAUCACCCGGUCGAGAACCCCAAUGGCGAGAACGGUUCAAAUCGUCGGACCACCAGCUCUUACACGACUAACACCAUUUCGGAAUCUUCUGAGAACCUCGCGAGCAGUCGAUACGGAGCGGGUCCAACAGCAGGACACACCGAAGGAACUAGCUGGGGUGCCUCGGCGUCCUUUGGCGCCGAUUCGGAGAACUUCGGCAGCACCAUCACCACCUCAGGCGGCUUCGGAGAUCACGGCGACGCAACAGGCAGCACGCCUCGACGGCCAGCACAGCCUCGCAUCGUUACUGGUAAGGGUGUGGAGGAGAUCAUCACGGUAAAUCUCCUGGGAGAGAAGGAAGGGCUGUUCCUGUUCCAGCACCGCAACUACGAGGUGGCAUCGGCGCGGCGCAACAGCAAGGUGAUUCGACGGUACAGCGAUUUCGUCUGGUUGCUCGAGUGCCUGCACAAGCGCUACCCAUUCCGACAAUUACCGCUGCUGCCGCCGAAACGCGUCGCGAUCAAUGGUAACCACAUCGUGGCGGAUGCGCUGUUCAUCGAGAAGAGAAGACGUGGCCUGGCGAGAUUCACGAACGCGCUUGUCCGACAUCCGAUCCUGAGGGAGGAACAGUUGGUCGUGAUGUUCUUGACCGUGCCUACCGAGCUCUCCGUCUGGCGCAAACAAGCCACCAUCAGCGUGCAGGAAGAAUUCGUCGGCAAAGCCCUCCCUCGCGACCUCGAGGACAGUCUCCCUCAAGACCUCACCAGCACCUUCGACACCGCGCAAGCCGGCACCCGACGCAGCGCCGAACUCUACAUCCACCUGUGCAACCUCGUCGAACGCGUCUGCAAGCGCAAAGAAGGCCUGGCCGUGGAGUACGGUCGUCUGAACACCAACAUCCUCAGCAUCGCCGAGACCAGCUCCGACGUCUACGCCAUCGACCGCAACGACGUCCCCAUGCUCAACGAUGGCCUGCAGAGCGUGGCCAAGCACCUCGCGACAUCGCAGACGCUGCUCGACAACGAGGCGCGCGGAUGGGACGAGGGCGUGCUUGAGGACCUGAAGAUCGUCCGCGAUGGCCUCGUCAGCCUGAGGGACCUCUUCGAUCGCUGGAAUCGCCUCAAGGACAAUAUUCCUCAGCUGGAGAAGCGGAUCAUGCAGAACGAGCAGAAACUGCAGACGAUCAAACUAAAAGGCGAUGCGGCGAAACCCGGUGAGGCGGAGAAGGUGGAAAAUGCGAUUGUCGCGGACAAACAAUCCAUCGUCGACCAGCACGCCCGCGGCGUCUUCGUCAAGGAGUGCGUGCGCGACGAACUGCUCUUCUUCCAGGGCUCGCAGUACCACGUCAGCCGGCUGCAUCAGGAUUGGGCACAGGAGCGAGUCAAGGCGGCGGAGUUGCAGGUGGAGAAUUUCCGCGCGUUGGCGGACGCGGUGGAGAGCAUGCCGCAAGGCGACUAGACUUGCCAUCAAAGGAGGCGAGGAUGGCGAGAGGGGUGGCGACGGUGGUAGGAGGCAUGGACAGGCGAGAAAUGGUUAUAGAUUGUUACUUAUUAUAUACAGUAUGAUACCGGCUGGCAGAGGGAGAAGAACACGCGUGACAAUCGUGAGUUGGUGAAGCAGUGAGAUGGCAUGUGUCGGUCGCAACUCGCUGGUAUCUCCGUCCCGUUCGCACCGGUGUCAACAAUGUCACAUGUCAGAUGUCAGAGACAAGUGCAUGCGGCAUGUUGUCGACCCUAGGACGUCGGCGUCGAUCUCAGAAUGUAGGCAGCUUUGCAUUUCAUGGGGCUUACGGCUGUCUAGGGUGCAUGACUUGCACACCUACCUACAGACGCUCAGG